UAUAUUGAACAUAGAUUCCUACAAUACCAUAAUUUGUUUGGGAGGUAGAAAGUAUAUAUAUUAUAGUUUAUAUAGCAUAAAUAGAUCUUCAGUGAUGAGAACUGCACCCGCACAUGCAAAAAUGGCUCAGAAGAAUACGAAAAAAGUUAAAGUUUAUGUUAAGUCAAAGAAACGACCACCUGAGAUCAAAAUCAUCAAAAAUUUGCUAUCUAAAUACGAUGAGAUUGAUGUCUUAAAAAUCAAAAAGUUUACGGAUCUUCCACUGUCUUCUCAAACACAGAAGGGAUUGAAAGAUAAUGGAUAUGUUAAUCUAACAGAUAUACAAAGACAAAGUAUAGGAUUAGCUUUAGCAGGAAAGGAUAUUUUAGGAGCUGCCAAAACUGGUAGUGGAAAAACAUUAGCAUUUUUAAUACCAGUCAUAGAACUUAUGUAUUGCAAACAAUGGACAAGACUUGAUGGAUUAGGUGCUCUAAUCAUAACCCCUACUCGUGAAUUGGCUUUGCAAAUCUUUGAAACGUUGAGGAAUGUUGGAAGGUAUCAUGAUUUUUCCGCUGGUUUGAUCAUUGGAGGUAAAGAUUUACACUUUGAAAAGAAACGAAUGAACCAGUGUAACAUUAUAAUAUGUACUCCUGGUCGCUUACUGCAACAUAUGGAUGAAAAUCAUCUUUUUGAAUGUACAAAUAUGCAAAUUUUAGUUUUAGAUGAAGCAGACAGAUGUUUGGACAUGGGAUUUGAGCAAACAAUGAAUGCCAUUAUAGAAAAUUUGCCUCAAACACGAACGACGCUUUUAUUUUCAGCAACUCAAACAAGAUCUGUACAAACAUUGGCUCGUCUCAGUUUGAAAGAUCCAACGUACGUAUCUGUCCAUGAACAUGCAGCCCACACAACACCUGAAGGUCUUCAACAGAGUUAUGUUAUAUGUGAAUUAGAAGACAAAAUAGCAAUGUUAUGGUCUUUCAUUCGUAAUCAUCUUAAACAAAAAGUUAUUGUAUUCUUAUCAAGUUGUAAACAGGUAAAAUAUAUAAAUGAUGCGUUUUGUCACAUGAGACCAGGUGUGAGCUUAAUGGCUCUUCAUAGCAAAUUGCAUCAACUAAAGAGAAUGAAGAUUUAUGAAUCUUUUUGUAAAAAACAUCAUGCUGUUUUAUUUGCCACUGAUAUAGCAGCUAGAGGAUUAGAUUUUCCGCAAGUUAGUUGGGUUAUACAAUUGGACUGUCCUGAAGAUGUAAAUACUUACAUUCACAGAGCAGGGAGAACGGCUAGGCUAGAUAAAGGUGGAGAAUCUCUGUUAGUACUUUUGCCAAGUGAAGAGAAAUUUGUUGAGCAACUAAAAACACACAGAAUUCCAAUCAAUAUGAUUAAAAUUAAUCCUAAUAAACUUCAGUACCCUCAAAGGAAAUUGGAAGCUUUACUGGCAAGAGAUGUAUCAUUAAAAGAUACUGCUCAACGCGCUUUUGUAGCAUACGUAAAAUCGGUUUCUUUGAUGAAAGACAAAAAUAUUUUUGAUGUUCAUGCUUUAAAUACAGAUGGAUUUGCUAGGUCUUUAGGUUUGGCUAUUCCACCAAGAAUACGAUUUCUGCAACGAGCUCAGAAGAAUAUGAAACUGAAGCAGAAAGCAGUUGAUGAUGAUCAUAAAAUAGUCAAGAAUAUUGAAAAUAUACAAGAAAAUAAUGCAAGUGACGAAAAGGAAAAUGAUGAAGAAUCAUCAGAAGACGAAGAAAAAGACCAAAGUAUCAAAAUAGCACGCUCAUCGUCUAGCAAAAAUUUUGGGACUAUUUGUGAAGAUGAUAACAGUGAUGACGAUACCCUUUUAACUGUGAAAAGGAAAAAUAUUGAUAUUGAUGAUGAAUUGCCAGAUAACGUAGAUAUUACAGACUUAACAUCCAACUCAAAGCAAAAGAAAGCCGUAACAAAAGCUGCAGUAGCUAAAAAAAUUUUGAAAAAGAAAAUUGUGCCAAAUAAGAAAAUUAACUUUGAUGAAGAAGGACAGGAAGUGAUUGAUCCAACUAAAUCGAAAGUGUCCGAUUUGGCUAGACAAUACGAAAACGAAGAAACAUCCGGAAUAAACAUUGAGGAAGCAAGAAAAAUGUUGAUGGAAGAAGAUAAGUUUGACAAGCAACGGCACAGAGAGAAAGUCAAACAGAAAAAGAAGGAAGAAAAGAGAAAAUUAAAAGCAUUGAUAAAAGGUAAACCGAAAAAUGAAAAGGAUAAUGACGAAGAAUAUGAUAGCGAAAACGUCGGUGAGGAAUCAGGUGAAGAAAGUGAAGGAUCUUACGAACCAGAUUUAUCUUUCUUACCUGAUCCAGAUGAAAUUUAUGGAUCAAAAGGAUCCGACUCUGAACGAAGCGACGAUGCUGACGAAAAAUCUGAACAUAGUGGUAAUCAAAGCGAUAAUGAUCAAAUUCACAGGCCUCCAAAGAGGAAGUUGAUUUUACAAGACAUAAAAAAGAAAAAAAAGAAACGUCUAUCGACAGAUUCUGACAAUGAUAAUUUACAACUUGAUGAAGAGCUUGCUUUGCAAUUAUUACGAAGUUAAUUAUAAUUUUACUAGAAAACAAUUUAGAAUGAAAUGUUUAUAUG